AUGGGUGAAAUUAGAAACCAUGGAGACGACCCCGAAGACAGUAGCAACCAUAUCCAUCUUCCGAAGAAACCUAAACUAUCAUCAUUCAUUACUAAAUCCCAAAUUCAACAAGAAUUCGCCCAUCACCAGCCUGGCGUUGCCCGUCUAAACAACGGCAGCUUCGGCAGCUGCCCAGGUUCCAUCAUCGCAGCCCAGAAACGGUGGCAGCUCAAGUUUCUUCAACAACCCGACGAUUUCUUCUUCAACCAACUACCUACCCAAAUUCUCCGUUCCCGAACCCUAAUCAAGGACAUUAUCAACGCCGAUGACGUCUCUGAAGUAUCAAUCGUUGACAAUGCCACCACCGCCGCAGCGAUUGUUCUCCAGCAGGUUGGAUGGGCAUUCGCGGAAGGUCGUUUCCACAAAGGAGACGCUGUCGUCAUGCUUCACUGUGCUUUCCAAGCCGUGAAGAAAUCCAUCGAGGCUUAUGUGACCCGUGCAGGUGGCUCCGUCAUCGUGGUACAUCUUCCUUUCCCUAUCAAGUCCAACGAAGAAAUAAUCUCCGAAUUUAGAAAGGGUUUGGCAAGGGGCAAGGCCAACGGUAGGAAAGUUAGGGAAGAAGGAGUGAGCCAGGUGUUUGUGGAUGCUGCCCAUGCGGUUGGUAGUGUCUCGGUUGAUGUGAAGGAUAUAGGGGCUGAUUUCUAUGUCAGUAACUUACACAAGUGGUUUUUCUGCCCACCAUCCGUGGCUCUUCUUUACUGCCGGAAAUCUUCUUUAUCCUCCUCGGAGCUGCACCACCCUGUGGUGUCGCAUGAAUAUGGAAAUGGACUCGCCAUAGAGAGUGCCUGGAUAGGUACACGGGAUUACAGCUCUCAGCUGCUUGUCCCGGAGGUUAUAGAUUUCAUCAACAGGUUUGAAGGGGGGAUGGAUGGAAUUAGGGAUAGGAAUCAUGAAGCUGUUGUUGAAAUGGCAGAGAUGCUGGCUAAGGCUUGGGGGACCAGCCUGGGAUCGCCUCCUGAAAUGUGUCCUAGCAUGGCCAUGGUCGGCCUGCCUUCUUCUUUGGGGGUUUUAAGCGAUGGUGAUGCUUCUAGGUUAAGAAAUCAUCUGAGAGACCAAUUUAAGGUGGAAGUUCCUAUACACUACCAGCCAUUGAAAGACACAGCAGCAGCAGCAGAGGAGGUCGAGGGUGGUGGUGCUGAUUUUAUCACCGGCUAUGCUAGGAUUUCUCAUCAGAGAAUAAAGUCGGAAGGGAAGUUUGACAUGACAUACUUACGAUGGUGGGUGGGAAGUUGAUAUCUGGAAAAAGGGACAUGAAGUUCAGUUUCAGUUGCUUGUAUUUUUAGAAAGACAGAGGAGGUCUACACUGGUUUUGUCACUUUCUUUUGGUACGUGAACAAGAUGACACAGCUUUUAGGUUUAGAGUGAGUAGCUAGCGUGUAGGAAAAAGGGAAUUCUAUUUUUAUCAUGUUGGUUUGGCUCACAAGUCAUAAGAAUAAGGAGGAUGUGAUUGUGAUUGUGAAGAGGUUAUUAUGA